AUGUAAAAAAAUAAGAAAAGUGAUAAUUAAACUAGGUAAAAAUUUGAGAGGUUUAUUCGUUAAAAAUUUAAUAGUAUUGAAGAAAAUGAAGAUGUAAGAUUAAAUCUGAAGGCUGUUAGAUUGAAUUAUUUAAAUAAUUUAAAUUUUAAUAAAAAUGAAAUAAUAAAGCUGAUUGAAAAUAACAAUUAAAUUGAAGAAGAUAUAGAUUUUUAUAGAUUUAAUGAUGCUUUUUAGUUAAAAUCAAAUGAAGAAGGAUAGAGCUUAGACAUUCAACUUAUCAGCACUGAUCUAAUAGCUGAAGAAUUUUUCCUCGAUGAAGAAUUUGAAGAAGAAGAAUAUAAAGAUUCGGUACAGAAUAUUAUGCCAUUCAACGAAUCAUAUAGGAUAAUUAAAAGAACUUCUAUCCAAACAAGUAACAGUAUAACUGAAGAGUAAAAAGAUUCUUAUCAUGCUCCUUUAAUCUACUCUAGCAAUUAAUUAUAAAAAUAAACUUCAAUUUUGCAAAACUAAAAUUUGGAGUAAAAUAACAGUAAUUAAUAAAAUUUUUAAAAUGAUCUAAAUGACAGAUAUCAUUAAAAGAAUAAUAAGAUUUAACACCUUUAUAGAUAAAAAUCGAGAUAAAAAACAAUUAUUCCCUCAAAUUUUUAAAACUAAAACAUUAAUGAAUCUUAGCCUUAGCAAUAAACUUAAAACUAAUAAUUAUUAUUCGAUUAAAUGCUUUGUUUAUUUGAGAGAAUGAAUGAAAAGCAAUAAACAGAAAACUAAACAGAUGUUGUUACUCAUGUUUAAAAGGAAGAGUUUUUUGGAAUAAGGAAUUUUGAUUAAAUGCAAGAAUUUACAAGAUAUUUUCCUAAAAGUAACUAUAAUUAAAUUUUAGGAAAAUUAAGUAGGAUAAGCUAAAAAAAGCAAAUGGCAUCAUUAAAAAAAGCAAAGAAGCCAUAGCUUAAAUGCAAAAGUGCAAUUUGCAAGUCACCUUCAUCAGCUAAAAGUAAAAUUAUGUCUACUUUAAAAGCUGUAAAAUGCAUUGCUAAAUUAUAGAAAAGAUCUUUAUUUUAGAAUGAAAGCUAAUUAAAUUUUAGUCAUUAAAAUGUUACUCUUACUGAUAGAUCCACAGGAGCUUAAAAUAUUACUAUGGAUUAAAAAAGUGAAAAUGUUUUAUUAAAUAAUAAGCAAAAUUGUGUUGUUAAAUCUAAAUUUUUAAGUCCUUUUGUAUGA